CCAUCUUGUAAUCUGGCAAAGGGUUAAAAUUCAUACUGGACGCAGUUUAUUUAUUCUUGCACUGGAUACUGCGUAGGUUCUUUGCAAUGACUUUAACUAAGGGGACUCACGUCGAGGCUCCCGUUGAUGGACACCACAACGCGUGACAGAGAAGAUGCGCGAGUUGUAUUAUAAUACAAUAUAUUAUACUGCAGAGCAAUACCCACAGCGGCAUUUAUUCCUUGCUUUCCGCUCCUCCGCGCGCCGUGGACAUGGGAAUACUAUAAACUGCGUGAUCAUGCCGCUGUAGCCUCAUUAUACAAAUGCCACGACUUGAAUCGGACCCCGGGGAGUGGCGGAUUGCGGCACAACCAAUCAAAUGCAGCUAAUAUCUACGACAGGACCGACGAGGCAGGUGAGCGGUUUGCGAAACGGUGUCCGAACUUAGUGCAAGUGGCCAAUUAUGGCUGAAUUUCCUUGGAUGGAAUAAUACGGGACCUUGGUCGAAUUGGCCAAGGUCUUGUAUCUAUUAAGGUUGGAUCCCUGUGAAGUGAGAAACGAUGGAGGAUUUUGCUGUGGCUAUGAUUUCCCAGCGCCCAUAUAAUUAUGCUCCCAACUCUGUGAACUUCGAGACAUGCCAGUGGAGGAAUGAAUGACUCAGUUUCUCUGAGAAUGCAGCCACGAACAGAAAUUAUGGCUUCUUGCCAGGUCCUCCUUUUUGGCGACUUAGCCAUCCGUUUCGAAGACGAGCUUCGCCAGCUGGUUCACAUCAGGGGGAAUGAAAGCCUUCGUUCGUUUUUCGACCAAGUUAGCUAUGCUCUUCGGCAGGAAUUUGGAAAUCUUCCCAGCAACCAGCAAGAUCUGUUUCCACGGUUCACUACACUUGUUGACCUUAUCUCAAAUUUGGUGGAAACAGAAGGGAACCCCGUUUUGAGGUUUACCCUUCUUCCAGUUUGCGAAAUCGGCCAGUUCAUUAAAUACUUUGGGGAGGGGUCAAGGCUGUACCCCAGUGCCACCGACAGCUACUGUUUGGGGUUAUGUGCAGGUGGGUUUGCGGCCGCAGCAGUCAGCACAUCCCAAACUUUGGCCGAGUUGAUCCCGGCAGGAGUCGAAGCUGUCCUGACGGCCUUUAGAACCGCUCUCUGCACUUUGGCUGUUCGAAAUGACAUAGAAGAGCCCGACAAUGGACAUCAUCGGUCUUGGUCUGCAGUGGCAAACAUCCAGGAGGACGAAGCUUCUGACUUGAUUGAGCGAUUUAUUUUGGAAAAGGGUCUCUCCCAUAGCUCUAAACCAUAUUUGAGCGCCAUAACACCGUCGAAUGUAACUAUCAGCGGCGCUCCCAGCAGCUUAAAGGAGUUCUUUGCAGCAUAUUCCCUGAAAUUUUAUCACAUACCUGUCGAAUUACCGUACCAUGCGCCUCAUCUUUUCCACUCGCGCGACAUUGAUGAAAUCAUCUGCCGGUUUGAUGACAAAUUACUUGGUUCGUACAAGCCACGAAUUCCCAUUUGGUCUGCGGCAUCUGGAAAGUCCAUUCUUGCCGAAAACUUCAAGAACCUGUUACAUGAAGUCGUGACAGACACAUUACGCGAACAAGUUCAAUGGAGGAAUAUUCUUGAGUCAACCGCCAAACUCCUCGCGAACAGGAAUUUUCACGAAUGCGCAAUCCACACGCUAUCAUCAAAUGCUUCCACUCUCCUUUCCUCGGCCAUCUCAAGGGGCACAAAAAUGGUCGUCACCGUUAAUGACUUGUCUGCAAAAACUGGAUCGGUACCACAACCUCGAAGACACAGUGGACGUUUAGAUCAAUCCAAGAUUGCCGUAGUCGGAUAUUCGGGUCGUUUUCCAGACGCUGCGUCAAAUGAGGAAUUUUGGGAAUUGCUGCGCGCCGGGAAGGAUGUUCAUCGUCUUGUCCCAAAGGACCGUUUUGACUGGGAAGCCCAUUAUGACCCCACUGGAAAGACCAAAAACACCAGUCGGGUCAAAUAUGGUUGCUUCAUCAAGGAGCCCGGGCUAUUCGAUGCUCGCUUUUUCAACAUAUCUCCAAGAGAAGCCGAGAACACAGAUCCAGCUCAAAGAUUAGCCAUCACAACUACCUAUGAGGCACUUGAAAUGGCAGGAAUGGUGCCCAAUAGAACGCCAUCAACGCAACAGGACCGCAUCGGCGUCUUCUAUGGUGUCACUAGCGACGACUGGAGAGAAGUUAACAGUGGCCAAGAUGUAGAUACCUAUUUUAUUCCAGGUGGAAACCGUGCAUUUGUUCCGGGGAGAAUUAGCUAUUUUUUCAGGUUCUCUGGCCCCAGUUUAAGCAUAGACACUGCCUGUUCGUCUAGCUUUGCAGCAAUUCAAAUUGCUUGUAGUAAUCUGUGGAGAGGAGAGUGCGACACUGCCAUUGCAGGUGGAACCAAUGUUCUGACGAACCCCGACAAUUUUGCUGGCCUUGAUCGAGGUCAUUUCCUAACGACUACAGGCAAUUGUGAUGCUUUUGACGAUAAAGCUAGUGGUUAUUGCCGCGCCGACGCUGUGGGGUCUGUCAUUCUCAAGAGGCUGGAAGAUGCUCAAGCCGACAAUGACCCUAUUUUCGGUGUCAUUGUAGGGGCAUACACAAAUCACUGUGGCCAAACAGAUUCCAUCACUAGACCUCAUGAAGGCGACCAAACAUCUGUCUUCAAGCGCAUCAUUCGACACGCCAAUGUGAACCCACUCGAUAUUAGUUACGUCGAAAUGCACGGAACAGGGACUCAAGCUGGAGAUGCGACAGAAAUGAAUUCUGUGUUAUCAGUAUUUGUCCCUGAAUGCAAACGAAUGCCAGAUCAUCCUCUCUAUCUGGGUUCAGCAAAAGCCAAUAUCGGCCAUGCGGAAUCAGCAUCAGGGGUCUCUUCGCUCAUCAAGGUGUUAAUGAUGAUGAAGCACAAUGAAAUACCACCUCAUUGCGGAAUAAAAACACGGAUUAAUCACAAAUAUCCCCUCGAUCUGAAAGAGCGGAAUGUUAAUAUCGCCGCCACGCCCGUUCCUUGGCACCGAACUGCUUCUGGGAAGCGGUCCGUUUUCUUGAACAAUUUCAGUGCUGCAGGAGGUAAUACGGCCGUACUCUUGGAAGAUGCUCCAUUAUCACAUCCAAUCGAUAUUACCAGUGACCCUCGCAGCACCCAUCUAGUUGCUGUCACUGGAAAGUCUGCAAAGUCGUUGAACGAUAAUAUCAAGUCUCUGAUUAACUUCCUUGAGCUGAAUCCAGACACCCCGCUACCUGCACUGUCAUAUACGACUACUGCAAGGCGAAUGCACUAUUCGUAUAGAACAAUAUGUUCAGGAUCAGACAUAAAAUCUAUCUCGGAUGCAUUGAAGAAAAAGAUAGCAGAUUCGGAGUCGAUGCCACUUACAAGCACGACCAGUGUUUUAAAAAUAGCAUUUGCUUUCUCAGGCCAAGGCAGCCUCUACUCGGGAAUUGGAAGACAACUAUUUGAGUGCUAUCCCGGCUUUAAGGCGGAUAUACUCCGUUUCGAUAGUAUAGCACAGCAGCAAGGAUUUUCGAGCUUUUUACCUCUAGUUGAUGGUACGGCUUCAGAUGUAGACGGUGCUGAGACUGUCGCAGCUCACCUUGCUCUUAGCUGCGUGCAAAUGGCGAUUUGUCGCCUUUGGAUCUCAUGGGGCGUUCGACCGAAUUUAACAAUUGGCCACAGUCUUGGAGAAUAUGCCGCCUUACAAACUGCAGGUGUUCUAACACCCAGCGAUGUCAUCUAUCUCGUCGGUACCAGAGCCCAACUAUUGUCGAGCCACUGUCGCCGAGGAACCCACGCCAUGUUGUCUAUAAAGGCAUCGUCAGAUGAUAUUAGACCCUACUUGGUAGGAUCAACUUGUGAAAUAGCCUGUAUGAACCAGCCUACAAAUAAUGUGAUUAGCGGACCGAGCGAGGAGGUAGACCGUUUAAUGCUUUUGUUUCUAUCGAAGGGUUAUGAGUGCGUCAAACUUGAUAUCCCAUUCGCCUUUCAUUCGGCCCAGGUGGAUCCCAUUUUAGAGGGAUUCGAAUCAGCAACGGGGAGCAUUCGUUAUCGAGUUCCAUCAUUACCGUAUAUAUCGCCUUUACUCGAAUCGGUUAUCUCAGAUGGGUGUGUAUUAAACGCAUCGUACGUCGCUCGGGCGUGUCGAAGUGCAGUAAACUUUCAAGGAGCUCUUAAGUCAGCAAAAGAAUCCUCCCUUAUUGAUGACCAAACUAUCUGGAUCGAAAUUGGAUCACACCCUGUAUGCUCUGGAAUGAUCAAAGGGACAAUUGGUACACAAUCAAUAACAAUUCCAUCCCUGAGAAAGGGCGUUGAUACCUGGAAAGUCCUAGCGGGAGGCCUCGAAACGCUAUAUCUCAACCGCGUUAACAUAGAGUGGAAUGAGUGGCAUCGAGAUUUCAAAAGCUCACACACCGUUCUCCGGCUCCCAGGAUACAGCUGGGACUUGAAGAAUUACUGGAUCCAGUAUCGAAAUAACUUCUGUCUUACCAAAGGAGAAAGCACAGCGGUUAUUGAUGCGCCUCCUGCCGAGACGAGGCCCGACUUUGUUUAUUUGUCACCAUCUGUUCAACGUGUACUAGAAGAGCAUCACGCUCCAGACGUCUCAAAUAUCCUCGUUGAAUCAGACAUUCAAGACCCGCGGCUAUCACCUGUUUUCCAAGGCCAUAAGGUCAAUGGCACAUGCCUCUGCCCCUCAUCUCUUUACGCGGAUAUUGCCCUGACAAUUGCCAACUACAUGAUGAAAGCAAUCGAUAUGCAAGGCGGCGAUAUAGGCCUAGAUGUUGGAGACAUGAAAGUUGACAAGCCUCUCAUAGCACUUCCGGCUGGUAAUCCGCAGCUGUUUCGGGUUUCUGGGUUGGCUAAUUGGGCGUCAAAAACCAUAUCACUCGCAUUCUACAGCAUCAACGACCAGGGCGGCAAGAAAGCGGACCAUGCCACAUGCCAUGUCAAACUCACCCCAAACCAAACUUGGCUUCAGGAUUGGAAACGAAAUGCAUAUCUGAUCAAGGGCCGGAUCGCUUCCCUGCACAAAGGUGUCGACGAAGGCGAGUCAAACAAAUUAAAGCGCGGACUCGUGUACAAGCUAUUUGGAGCAAUAGUAGAGUACGAUGCCCAGUACCAAGGCAUGCAAGAAGUAAUUUUAGACAGCAGCGAGCUAGAAGCUACAGCAAAGGUUACAUUCCAGGUCGGCGGCGACGGUUAUUGUUUCAGUCCUCAUUGGGUAGACAGUCUCGGGCAUAUUGCUGGGUUUAUCAUGAACGGAAACGACAAUGUUGACCAGGUUUUUAUCAAUCACGGUUGGGAGGCAAUGCGCUGUGCAACGACUUUCGCUCAUGGCCAAACAUAUCAGACGUACAAUAAGAUGCAGCAAGUGGAAGGUACGUUGUAUGCAGGAGACACAUAUAUUCUUGAAGAAGGCAAUAUUGUAGCCAUUUUCGAAGGAGUUAAAUUUCUAGGGAUUCCACGAAGAGUUCUGGAUCAGGUUUUGCCUUCCAAGCCCAGCUCAGUCAAAAAUUCUGCCGUGCCUCGAAGGCCAACGGCCAAUACCAGCGCCAUCUCACCAGCAAGGCAAUUACCAAAGCUUCCAAUAGCACCUAAUACAAAUCUUACCAAACUCUCAUCGAAUCAUAUCAUUUCUCAAGUCAUGGCAAUAGUCUCGGAUGAGGCCCGCAUCGACCCAUCAGAGCUCAAGCCCCAGACGGAAUUUGCUGAUUUUGGCAUUGACUCUCUUCUCUCUCUAACAAUACUGGGUAGAUUACGGGACGAGGUAGGGCUCGACCUGCCAUCAACAAUUUUUGCAGACUAUCCAACCGUCCAGAAGCUCCAAAGCUUCAUCGGUGUGGACCGGAGUCCGGCCCUGUCCUCUGGGUCUUCAAGUCAGGGGGAUACGGACGUAUUGACGGCGGAGCUGGUUUCUGAGCCAGACACCGACAGGAUUGUUGAUAUUAUCCGUAGUACUAUCUCAGAAGAGACGGGCGUUCCCAUAGAAGAGCUCACCGUUUCCGCCAGGCUCUCAGAACUCGGCAUAGAUUCUCUUCUAGCAUUGACAACCAUGGGCAAGCUCAGCGAAGCUCUCGAUAUCGAGGUGCCGCAGUCUCUUUUCGUCGAAAACGCCACAUUGUAUGACCUAGAAAGGGCUUUAGACAUGACUAUAAAGCGCACACAUGUCAAAAUAUGCCCCAAUGCCACAAAACUUCAGACCAUUCAGGAAGUCAACAUCAUCGACACAGCUCCUCACGCAACCUCAGUCCUCCUCCAAGGAAAUUCCAAGACCGCAACAAAGAAACUCUUCCUCUUCCCCGACGGCUCCGGAUCCGCAACAUCAUACAGCUCCCUCACCCGCAUCUCCCCCGACAUCGCCGUAUACGGCCUAAACUGCCCCUGGAUGAAGACACCACAAGGCAUGACAGUCCCGCUAAAACAGCUAACCGCCAAAUACCUCCUCGAAAUCCGCCGUCGACAGCCCCACGGUCCUUACUACCUCGGUGGCUGGUCAGCAGGCGGCAUCUGCGCCUACGAAGCAGCGCAGCAAUUAUCCCAUGCCGGCGAAUCAACAACACGUCUCAUCCUUGUCGACUCACCCAACCCCGUCGGAUUAGAGAACCCUCCCCAGCGAAUGUACGAUUUCUUUGAUAGUCUCAGGAUCUUUGGGGAAGGCGGGAAGCCACCCCCAAGCUGGCUUCGGCCGCAUUUUGACGCGUUUAUUCGAUUGCUGGAUGAGUAUAAGGUUAAGCCUUUUAAGGGCAAGUUGGAGACGCAUAUGGUGUAUGCUCGAGACGGGAUUUGCAAAUUGCCGAGUGACCCUAGGCCUGAGAUUCGCCCUGAUGAUCCGAGGGAGAUGUUGUGGUUGUUGAAUAAUCGGACUGAUUUUAGUGGGGGUGGGUGGUGUGAGUUGGUUGGGAAGGAGAAUAUGAGGAUUACAGUGCUGGAUAAUGUGAAUCAUUUCACGAUGGUGGAGGCAGGGCCGGAAAUUGGCAAGCUGAGCGCUUUUAUUAGAAAGGCUAUGGAGUGAGGUAUUGGGGGGUUUUUUACGGAUAUUUUUGCUUCAGUUACAAUAUUAACCGUAUAUUUAUUUAUUUUCUUAGGAUUUAAAUAGGAGUCUUUUCAAAUCCGCACCCGAUCUAGGUCAAAUAUAAGCUAGG